AUGUCGAGUAGUGAUACAAUUCCCAUUGAACUCAUUGAGCUCAUGCUCCAAGAGCUUGCUCAGAAAGACCUCUCGCCCGUCUUGCAAACCAACAGGACAUUCUACAGCAUCGCAGUGCGACUUCUGUAUAGGAAAAUAGGGGAUUUGCCCAUAGCACGCUUGGUCGCUUGCCUCAAGGUCCUGGAGUGUCACGCAACAUUCCCGGCGUUUGUGCAUGACCUAUACAUCGACUGGUCCCAGUACCACGUCACCGCAAACCUCCUUCGUUUGUUGCGGCGGAUUCUUCAACAGCUCAGGAACCUACGCUUCUUACAUGUCGAGCUCUCACCUCGAGACAACCUAGCGAGUCAUGCGUGGGUCUUCGUCGACGGACCCUACAGAUUACGCACCUUCACAACGUCGACGCGUUGCGAUAACGCCCUCGCACGCAUACUCGAACGACAACCGCUGAUUCAAGAACUCUCACUGCGCGGCUUCCAAACCAACAUGCCCUUCGUGCUUUCGUCGACAGCGCUACCUCAACUCAAUUCACUCCGCUGCACCCACGCUGACGCCUCCGUGAUCGCGGAGGUGAUCCGAGGUCGUCCAGUUGAAGGCAUCUCCAUAUCGCUGUUCGCGGACGAGGGGCUCGACCCGCUGGACACUCUUCGGCUCCCGAGCAUAUCGCUCAAGCGACUCACACUCAUGGCGCUCGACGACGUGCCAGCCACGAAUCUGCUCAGGGAGGUCGCCGAGCGGGUCCCUCAGCUGGAGGCGCUGCAUAUCGUUGUCCUACUAUCACAUUACACAUCCGAGAGUCUCAUGGAGGCAGGCCCGGUGUUAUCAAACUUCAAGGAACUCCGCUACAUCACCGUCAUGGGCGGGCUGGGAGCGAGCGUCACUAAUGACCAUCACAUUGCGAAGGAGUGGCACAAGCACUGCACGACACUCAAAACCAUCAUUCUCCCAAAGGGUCAGGUGUGGUUUGAGCGUGAUGGAGACUGGAGUUGUUGUGUGUAG